UUUUUCUUUGGAAGUGACCUUCCUUUCCUUGGCGUGCUGCCUUGCAUUAGGUUUCGGUAGUUUAUUCUUUUCCACUUGCUUGUUUGCAUUUGUUCGAUCUGCCAAGCUACGACCAUGAUGAUGAAGCCUACCCUUGGGACUGUUCUGCUUUCCUUUUUUCUCUGCCUAUGUUCGAGCGAUGCUUCUCGCGGUUUUCGCCCCAGGAGAAUGAGUGCAAAGGGAGGACAUCCCGCAAUCCCAUCAGCCAGUUUCCAGGGCGCAUCAGUGACUACCAGCGCCACCUCUCCAAUCGAUGCUGCUGCUGCUACCAAAAUGGGGCCAAAGUCAUUCCAGGCUCCUCCUUGGGCAGAAAUCUUGAAGAUCCCAAUCCCCGUGCCAACCCAGGAAGACUUUGAUUUGUUGCCUCCUGGCAAACGCCUUGGCAUAAUGGCUCGAUCCUCUGUGCUUCACCUGACGCUCCUAUCCUGCUUGGGACCAUUGAUUCUGAGAGGGGCCAUUCGAUCUGCCCUCAAGUCCCCGUCCUCCAUUCCAUUCACUCCAGGACUGGCGUUGCUCUGGACAUUGGAUGUGACUUCCUGGCACGCAUUCCACAAUAUGCUGAACGACUGGCAGGACUUGGACGGUGACGACAAGGCUCCAGAUAGCUUUCGAUCGGACUAUGGAUGUCACGCACUCAAGCAAGGCUUUGUUACCAAAGCUCAGUUUGCACGAUACAUGACAAUGCUAGGCUUGCCGGGGAUCAUUUUAACCAUUUACUUUGCAGUCACAAAGUCGGUGGUGGCUCCUGCCAGUCCUUGGGGGUUGGCAGCCCUCGCUUUGUACACCAUUCUCUUUAAACCAUUGGCAUUGGGAGAGGUAUUCAUCUAUCUCGUGUGGGGCCCACUCAUGGCAGGCUAUGGAGGAAUGGCGGCAGGAGUACCCAACAGCAACAAUCUAGCCGACUUGUUUACCAGUCCAGUUUCGGCGCUUUUUGGAUUGGGAGCCUUUUGUGUCAUUAUGGGCAAACAUACUGACAAAAUCAAUCGUUCCGAAAAGAAAACUUUGCCCAAACUGGUGGGAUACCCCGUGGCCCUCUUUCUCUGUGGUGCCUCCCUCCUGGCCCCUCAUGUACUGCUUUUGGCAACCCUUGUCUACGAACGAAUCCUCCACCCGGAUGCUGUUCCUACCAUUCCUCUGGGGGCUGGUUUAGCAUUCCUGACAUUGUUCCGAGAGCUACCGGCAUCACUCAAAGUAUUGAGAUUGGGACAAAUCAAGAAUAACCAGCCAACUAUUCCGGCGGGUACAAUCAUCAAAGGGACGCUGGAAGACGUGGAAAUCUACAAAAGUUGGCCUCUGUGGUUUGUCGCCUUUCUAGGGUGGCAUGCAAUUACGUUCUCCUAUCUGGUUGUGGUUGGUUCCGGAAUGGAGUGGAUGGGACGAGCCAUUCUGAAGAGAGUCAUCUCAUAGGAGAAAACGGUCAAUCCAUAUCUCCACCACAUCAGUCGUACGACACAACCCAUCUUUCACCACCACAAAGGGGUUCUACAAGAUCAAAGGCAGCACGUCAAAAAGUAAAAGAAUACUACUUAACUUAACCUUAUGUAGAGAGACAACAUUGUAUAGUCCCUUAUUGCUUCUCUGUCACCCGUAUGGGUGCGCCCCUUUUGUUUGCUCGCUCUUUUCCCCCUCUUUUGUGUUGCGGCUCCUGCUGCCUGUACGACAAAUGCCUUGCUUGCUUUCAGUACGAACAAUGCGCUAGUCGUGUCCCAGGUGGAAAGACACAGGGAGAGCACCAAUUCAGUCGCCCGCUGGUGUUGUUCGGAUUCGACCAAUUGGCUGCAUGCACAAACGAUCGAUCUCCAUUUUGACUCAACGAAUCCGCAACUGGCUUUCUCCAUAUCCAGACUCCCCCUUCU